AUGAGAAUAUCGACUAAAGAAGAUUAUUUUAACGUCAUAGUUGCAGAUAGUGGAAAGAUUUUUGAUACUAAGUUAUUCGUAGAAAGUACUUUUUCCUAUAAUUCACAAGAAUUCUCUGAUCAGAUUAGAGCACCUGAUAUUAACUUUGGAUUUUUAACAUAUAUAAUGAGAAAAGAUGAAGGAAAUAUGUUCGAUAAAAAUGUUCUUUCUGAUGUAAGAUUAAUCGAUGAAGUCAUACAAAACGUAACAGUUGACAGUAAUGGAAAGCAAAUUCAUUAUCUUGAUAUUUGCUCCUUGAACAACAAUAAAUGUUUCCAAAACCCGAUCAUUGAGGUGAUGUCAGAAGUGGGUGUGAACUCUUUACUUCAGAAAAGAAAGAAGUUGAAAUAUCCAAUUGACAUAGAUCUAUUGUCUUUUACCUAUAAAAUUUACUUUGUAAAUUUGGGUGGAGUAACUUUGGAUAAUGAUAAUUUCGUGGAAAAUUUUAAUGCCGUGAUGUUAUAUUAUUCAACAGACGAAAAAAAUGAAAAACACAAAGAAUUGUUUGAUAAAUGGUCGUUCGCAGUUUACGAUAGGAUUCAAAAAUGCAAUUUUACCUACGUAAAGGUUUUUCCAAACUCGAAGUUUUUUGUUAAGAAAGAGUUUGGGAAUCAAGUAAAUAGAACAAAGCCUAAAAUAGGAGGGUUAGUAGUGUUUAUGAUUAUAUUUUCAAUAUUGUUCUGCAUGAGCAAUAGUUGGGUGAGAAGUAAACCCGUUCUUGGUGUAGCCAGUGUCAUAUCGGCUGGAUUAGCGGUUGUCUCUUCUUUCGGAUUAAUGUCGGCGUUAGGUAUAGAAAACAUUUCGUGGAAUGCCACAAUUCCAUAUCUAGUGCUUGUAACUGAGAUAGAUGAUGCAUUCGUACUGAUAGGAUGCUGGAGAAUCACAAAUCCCAAGCAGAAUGUCGAGAAACGCAUGGAAGCGACAUAUUGUGAAGCGGGGAUUUCCAUCACGUUGACGUCACUCACCAACUUCAUUUCUUAUUGCAUCGGAAUGAUGAGUCCAUUUCCAGUUGUUAGAAUAUUCUGUUAUUAUACAGCAACUUGCAUCGUAUUCACUUUUCUGUAUCAGAUGACGUUUUUCGGGGGUUGCCUGGCGUUAAGUGGAUACAGAGAAGAACGUUAUACUCGUUCUGUGGUAUGUUUUACAGGAGAAGAAUUCGAAGAAAACAGAACGAAAAAUAACGAAUUCGAAGAUGAAGCAGCGAUGGCAUUUUUUAGAGAUGUACUAGGAAAGCUAUUGUCAAAUCCAAUAGUAAAAAUAAUUGUUGGGUUAAUCUAUGUUAUUAAUUUAUCUAUCGGAAUUUUGGGUGCUCAUUCCAUUACACAUGGCAUUAAGUUUGAAAAUUUAUUUUCCAAAGGAUCUGUACUUCAAGAAAGCUCUCGUAUUAGAUUCACAUAUUUCACCGAGUACUCUUAUCCUUUUCACAUAAUUAUUAACAAAACCUUGGAUUACUCAGAUAUAAAAGUUCAAGAAUCCAUAGAAAAUCUCUUAAAAAAAUUCGAGCAACAUCCCCAUGUGGCAGAAGAGCAAAACACUGUAUCGUGGUUAAAGUUUUAUAAGGAGUUUCAGAACAAUCCUGUCGCGAAAUUCUCGUUAGAUGGUUACAACAUGUCGAACAAACAUGAUUUCAUCGAUGGUCUUCGUAAUGUCUUCUUCAAACUGCACGCAGCCAAGUCACUGUCAAAUGAUGUCGUCUUUAAUAGCGAUGGAACCGACAUCUUAUAUAGUAGAUUCUUCGUUAUGGGAAAAAAUUUGAAUUCUUCACAAAUAGAGAGAGAUACGUUGAAAGAAUUAUGGGAAAUUGCCGAAAAAUCUGAAAUUCCUGUUUUGGUGCACUGUAUUAAAUCGAGUAUAAUUAACCAAGGUAUAAUCAUAGAAUAUACAAUUUACCAAUUGUUUUGGAUUACGGCUGCUUUACUAACUAUAAUUUACUUCCUAAUGGUACCAAACUUGUUAGUUGCCCUUAUUGUGUCCAUUUGUGUUGUUUCUUCAAUAUUAGAAACAUUGGGUUACAUGUCAUUGUGGGGCGUAAAUGUGGAUAUAUUCUCUAUGAUGAAUCUAAUUUUGUGUGUUGGAUUCAGUGUGAAUUACCCUUGUCACAUGUCUUAUGCUUAUAUAACGUCCUCCGAGAAGAGAGCGAACGAGAAAAUGAGAGAUUCUUUGUAUCGUAUUGGGUUUUCUGUAAUACAAGGCUCUCUGUCCACGGGUCUAGGAAUAUUGAUUUUGUAUUCUGAUGUAUAUUUUCUGUCGACAUUUGUGAAAAUUGUAGUACUUAUUGCUGUAGAAACGGCAUUUCAUGCAUUGAUUUUUAUACCUGUGGUUUAG